AUGCUGAGGUUGGGGAGCAAUUCAUCCCAAGUUGCCCCCCCCGUAACCAUUUCCAUUGUCCAAAGUCAGCACUGCAAUGAUAGCAACACUGGCUGGCAGCCUCAUCUUGCUGUUGCCUUCUAUCAAUGUGCCACCUACAACACCAUUAAGGCCUACAACCAAGUGAGGAAGCCAAGAGGUAGCCAGCAUGCAAAGGACUUACAUUUCAGUGGGCAUCAUAUAUGCAUUUGCAUUGUUUUUCUCACACAACACCUGCUGCCACUAGGGAAGCUGCUCUCAAGUACAGUUGGGGAUGCUGUCCCAUUGCCAGUGUUGAAAUAAGAUUUAACUGCCAAUUUGGUCAACUGCUCUAGGUGGAACUGGGAGGGGUGGCCCUGUUCUUUGCCUGAAGCAGCAAAAUGUAUUGGGCCAGCUUCUUCAAAAUUAUAAAAGUAUGUUUAAGAUACAUUGAAAUAGUUAUGAAUUUGUCUCUUAACAAGGUUCUCUCAAAUGAUAGUUCAUGUUUAAUCAAACAAAAAAACUGAUUCUGGUUUAAAAUUUAAGCACAUUAACACUGAGUUUCUUACGAGUAGCAGCUUGAGAACAUCACGCUUAAUUUGUUGACAUACGGUUCUUGUUCCAGGGCUUUAUUCACUGCCUUCUGUUCCUAAAAGUUAAUCUAAAGUGCUAAAUAAAAUUUUAAAAUAACAGUACUAUAUUCUACCAGACACUUGGGAAAAUGGGAGAGUAACAACACAAUCUCUCUCUCUCAGACACUGACAUUGACACACACACACACACACACACACACACACACACACACUCAUCAUCUUGCUGAUCAACUCCUGCAUUUAAUCAUUGUUCCACUUUAUCAUCUCCCCUGUAAACAUCAUGGGGUCUGUAUGCCAGCACAUUUAUAGGCUUUAUUCCAAACUGAAGAUGGAAAUUGGAGCAGUACAAACCAUGGCUAGCACCUGGCCUGUCACUGAAUUGGAAGACAGAGAUUACCAUCACUAGAAUGUUAUCCAUAUUUGACAGAGAUGUAGGGGGGGCAUCCAACAAAGUCUGUUCAUUUAUUUGUUUUAUUUUUAUUUCAUUACAUUUAUGAAUUGCUUCCCAUGAAAGAUCCCAGGGUGAUUAAACAAUAAAAACAACUUCUGAUCCAAUACAGAUAUAGACAAGGACAAGGCUUGCUGAAAAAUGAAGGUACAAAAAAGGACCAAUAGACCAAAAGGACCAAAAAGGCAAUAGAUAAGGCAUUUGUCUGAAGUUCCAAAAGGGUAAGUGCUGCCACAAGAAAGGUAUUAUACAUACUUUGCUAUAAAAGGAUGUUGAAAUGGACUAUAUUUUGGCUGUACUACACCACUAUCCAUAAUUCACUUGCUCUUGUUGUUUUUCUCAGGCUGUGAUAAAGCAAAUGUCUUAUUGGCUGUGCCUUUAGCAUGAUGGGUCACUGCUAAAACAACUGCAAAUAGCCACACCUCUAGUUACUUGUGAAGUCAAGUGCAAUAUAGUGCAAUGGUGGCAGGCAAAUUAAUACUGCAACCCUUAAUGCUGUUGUAUGAAAGUAAACCCCACUAAACCACUGGAUUUAUUUCUAAGGAAUUAGGCAUAGGAUAAGAUGCACAGUUUUAUACCUAGAGAAAAUAGAAAAGCAAGCCUUCAAAGUUUAUGUUAAUCAAACACUUUGAAUUCCCUGGCUAUUUUAGAAUGCAUCCUGAAAAUUACUGUGAGGCAACUUAAACCAUGGGUAUCGCAUAACUGGAGACACUUGCAAGUUUUUUCCAUCUGUACCGAUACAAACAGGUCUUGACGAUGCUUUUGCUGGGUGUGCAGUUUUUAUAAGCGACAGAGUUACGAUCUCCCUCAUACAAAUUUUAUGAGCUGCAAUCUGGGAAUAACAGCAACUUCACUCAUCUAUCCAUCUUAGCAAGAUAUCUGAAAAUCUCAGUGACUAUACAGCAAGCAUGAACAGUUUUAAAAGCAUGAAUUUCAGAGCUAGCUCAAUCUACAAUAUAUGCUUUGUUUGAACUGUUCAUGCUUGCUGCCUGUAUUCCUUUCAAAUAAGAAAAGACGUCUGCAGUAAAGAGUGUGAUCAGAACUGCUGCACAGAAUAGGACUGCUGAAUUUGUUUUAUCUCUAUAUCCUUCUCCAGUGGCCAUCACAGGGUUACUCAAGAAACAUCUAACCCUUGGGGAAGAAAAGAGAUUCUAGAUUCUGGUAAUUUAGCUGAGCUGUCCCCCUGUAACUGCCACCAAAGGGCCAUUCAAGGAUCAUCUUGACCUUAGGGGGAGGUAAGAUUUGGCUUUCAAAAAAGGUUCUUUUUCUUUUUAAGUUGUCUUAGCUGUUUUAUUAUGUACUUGCUAUUGAUGGUUGUGGGUUGUUUUUAUUUUAAAAGAAGUAAACCAUUUUGUGGAUUUGCCUAAAAAGGAGUAUAUAAAUACCUUAUAUAAAUAACUAAACAAAAAAAAAAUAUGAGAAACCAAAUUUGGUUAAAGAACUGCUUAAAACGGAUGGAAUUUACAAAAUGAUGGCACUAGAACCAUCUAUGCUGCUUAUGCCAAAAUAUGGCUUCAGGAAACUAUGAAACUGCUGCAAGGAUGAAUAAUACAUCCUGUAUGUGUUCAGCAUUCCUAUGUAAAACAUAUCAAAUUUCAGACAUCCUGUGAUUUUCUUUUUCAACACAACAAGUAGAGGGACUGCUGCUACCUGAUCAUCACAUGGACAAGUUUGAGUAAAGGUUAGUGUGAAAGACAAUUUUAAUAAUUCUGAGGAUGCCAUUUUAAAAAUCAGUUUAUAAGUUCUAUAAUUUGCACUAAAAUACAGUUUUACUAAGGUGCAAUUGCAGAGUUACCUUCUUCUUUUUUUAAAAAAAGUAGGCAACAGUUAUUUUACUAUUACUGUAAUUUGAAGAUUGCCUCCCUACCCCCCCCCCCCCACAAAAUAAAUAGUAUAGGUCACUAUAACAGUGCUGGCCAGAAAGGCAUCACGUGAAGCGGGUUUUAAACAUUUUUCUUACAAAAAGUAAAAAUACUGUUUGUUGUUCUUUUAAAGGGAGUUUAGUAGAAAUUAAAAUUUACAACAAAUUUAGAUUGAUUUUAAAGCAUGCUAAUAAAAUGGCAUCCAUGGGAACAAUAAUGUGAAGAUGUGCUUAAGUAGAUGUAUAGUUCACCCAUCCAUAUGAGUGCACAAGUCAAAACCAUGCUUCUUAAGACAACAGAAAAGGGGUACUAAGGCAAAAUGCACCUUGGAGUUGGGGGGAAAGAACUGAAUAGUAGCAUGUGGCUGGAUUUGCUGUGAUUUUAAACAAAAUAGAAGAAUCACAGUGGAAACAGUAAAUAACAGUUUGGUGAUGAUGUUAUGGAGAUGCUCUUUAAAAAAAAUAAGUAACAAAGCAUGGCAAUUCCAAAGUGAACACAUAGUAUAGAAGCACCCCGUGAUAGCAACUAUGCCUGCUUUCUUGGAAUGUGGCCCUCUGCCACAGAUAUUAUGCUUUCGUCCCUUGAUAUGCAUAGGAGCUUGGUAAACAACUACUACUACUAUUGAAGCCAAUAAGAAUCUUCAUAGGAGGGACUGUGCUCUGAGUCUUGCUCACGCAUGGGAACAAUGCAAAAAUGAACACCGCACUAGAAAAUGGUGAAUGUACGAUGAUGCAUGCUGAUUGUUAGGCACAGUAACUGUCAUAUGAACAGACUCAACAUUGUCCCUCAAAUUAGAAGCAGCUCUUAACAGAGCCACAGUGUAGUUCCUGUAGACAAUCAUGAAGUGACCAACAAAGUUCAUUUCCUAUUUACACAUGGUUGUGCGUGCUCUUAAUCCUUAUUGGGUUAAGCAGCCCUCAAAUCCAGAAGCACGUGAAAUCAAAGGAUUAAAAUGCAUAUGCUCUGCUGCUUCAACUAGUUUUAGGGAACAAAUACCAGUUCAAGACUUCAGUAGUCAUGUGAAUCAUGAUACAAAACGAGAACUAUAUUGGUAUCAUCAUCUUCACUAUACAUAAUCUGAACACAGAGAGUGAGGAACAUACUUGUUCAAAUGCAUAGCUGUACAGAUAAGAGAAAGAGUUGCAUCAGAUAUUAUUUCAAUUUGAAGAAUUUAGAACAAGUAGGGGAAUUGCCUGGAAUGAGACACAAUAAGAAUAAUCUAAAAGGUGUGCUAAUAUUAUCCUUAUCACCAUAUUACUUAACAAUUAGGUAAGUGCUACAGAAACAUAUCAAUGUUGCUUGCAAAACCAAUAUAUGUAAAUAGUUGAAAACCAUCUUGUUCUUACCCAGAGAUUCCAUCAUUUUUUGCUCCUAAUAUCGAGUAGAAAUAAGUUGUGAACCUGUAGACAAAAACAAACAUACCAAUGCACUAACAUCAGACAGUGCCCUGGAAAACCGAACCACAGAAAUGAGUGCAAGUUCUUUUAGUGGCACUGAGCCAGGGUGCACAUUCUGGGAGUAUUUUAUUAUCUGUGCUUAAUUAGUUUGGGACUGUGUUCUGAUCAAAGUGAGAGAAUGAGGCCAUAAAAUACAGUCCCUUAUUUUGUGGAUAAAAGCAUGGAUGUCAUCACUUAAAGCAUGUAAGAAAUCCAAUUAAAAAGAUUUUCAAUCUUUCCUAGCAGAAGUAAAACAAGUUAACUCUAUUCCAUCCAGAUUUAUAAAGCAGAUAUUAAAUGACAGAUAAUUCACAGUAGAGAGUUACAUUCAUGUUGGUCCUAAACAACGAAGGUUUCUAUGAUUGAAAAAAAUAGAAAUUUCUUUCUUGCCUCUUUCAGUUCUCUUUUCCCUUGUUUUCUUAUACUCGUGCAAGUAUGGCAAUGUUUCAAUUCUAUACACAAGUACAUGUAAGUCAGAGAAGGAAAACCUGUGCCCCUCUAGCCCCAGCCAGCAGGGCCAAUGGCUAGGGAAUAUGGGAGUUGAAGUAAACCCUUACUUCUGAGUAAGCAUGCUUAGGAUUGUAUGUUCAUUUGAAGGACUGUUUAUUCAAGCCAUAAAACAAACCCUCUCUUUUUUAGGCAGUCCUUGUAAAGGUAAAGGUAAAGGUACCCCUGCCCAUACGGGCCAGUCUUGCCAGACUCUAGGGUUGUGCGCUCAUCUCACUCUAUAGGCCGGGAGCCAGCGCUGUCCGCAGACACUUCCGGGUCACGUGGCCAGCGUGACAAGCUGCACCUGGCGAGCCAGCGCAGCACACGGAACGCCGUUUACCUUCCCGCUGGUAAGCGGUCCCUAUUUAUCUACUUGCACCCGGGGGUGCUUUCAAACUGCUAGGUUGGCAGGCGCUGGGACCGAAUGACGGGAGCGCACCCCGCCGCGGGGAUUCGAACCGCCGACCAUGCGAUCGGCAAGUCCUUGGCCUAUCUUAAAACAUAGCAAACAGAAAGCAAGGAAGCAUUCCCAACAGGUCUGACUCUCAGUUUUGCUGUCCCCUCCCCAACAAUAACCUUUACCUUGCACUGUUCCAAAUGAAACAAAAGGAACCCGUCAAGUCAUGCAUUAAAGAAAAAUGUAAAGAGGGCGCCUCUGUGGAUGAAGUCAAACUGCUGUGUUAGUAAGCAGCAAAGUGACCUCCCUGGGGCACAAGCUUGUGUAUGGAGGUCCUGGGCUGCCCAAAUGACAAGACCUCCCUUUCAGCCUCAUGGAUAUGGUCCGAAGGAAAGCAGAACAAUACGUUUGGCACCAGCCUGGCUGCAGGAGUUGCCAAGAGGAGGCAUACAAGGCACCAUCCAAUCAUUUUAGGGACUUCACUGCAGGUUUGUGUAGAGUUUACUCCUUAGCCAUUUCUUCUCCUGAAGAUAUCCUGCAAGGCAGUGGAUAUCCCACAAGGCAGUGGAGGUUUAGAUUCAGCAUUAUCCUUCUCCUAGAUGAGCUACCUUCCCAGGUUGACGAGCCCCAUCUACCCCUCACUUCCCUCUACAGCAUGUGCAGAAACAAGUCUUAUUGACCACUGGACCCACUAUUAGUCUCAAUCUACCAGAGGCUGUCUUCACAUGCAUGGGAAGUGCCUAAUUCACUGAGGAUUUAAGACCUAUCAGCUACCCUCAUCUGGUUUAGCUGACUAGUCAAAGCCAUUUCCUGGGAUGUGGGUGCUGUCGCAUGCUGACAGCUUCUAGGAGCUACAAGUGAGAGCUGAGUGCAGGGUGGAGACCAAAGGUGGACAAACUACCCCAGAAGGAGCAUGACAUGUCACCAACCAGUGGUACUCCCUCCUCCCUAACACACACAAGCACCAUUGUCAGAUCCAAUUCUCAAGAAGUCAUGAAAGGCUAGUAUUGCAAGCAUGUUAAGGAACUGGGUUAAACUGCAGUGGCUUUCAAGGAUUAGCAUACAUAUGAGGAAGCUAUAUGUGUCAGGAGAUGACUUGUCCUAGUACUGACCUGAUCCUAGGCUAAAAGUGCAAUAAACCUCUGUGUAAUUUUCUCCCUUGUUUCUCUUUCUACUAUCUCUAUGAUUCAUAAGUGAAAUGAUCAUAUUGAAGGUUGAGCAACUGAAUUUAAUGUAAAGUGAAAUAGCCCAUAGCAGCCUUUUAAGGUAGGAACAUUAAGCUUAAGCCUUGCACUGAAAUUCAGUAGCACUUAAAUUUUUAAUUUUGUCCGGAUUGUACUCAUAGUUUUGAUAGCUAGUUGAGAGAUAAAACAUUGUUGAUAAAACAUUCAAAUAAAAAGACACUUUGAAUGACAUGCAAAUCUGAACUUCUGACUACUCCCUUUGCAUUGACCUAGUUUUUUUCAGUUGUAAAAAUCCCCUUGAAACCAUCAUCUGAAUAGAAUAUUUAUUUAUUUUUGCUUUCUCUGACCUGCAACAGCUGCCUGUGUUGUAUAAGUAGACUCUUGAGAAGAUGUGAAGAGUAUUACUCUCAUUUGUUCCACUUGGAAAUAAAUUUGUGUUUUGAUGUUCAGCCUUGUGGGUUAGAUGUUAAUCUGGAACAGUCCUGAAAACUACCUACAUCAAUUUACUGCUGCUGUAUCUUCCGCACGAGGUUAGAUAUGCUGAAACACUGUAAGUUUUACAACUGGAUUUAAGUCUGAAUUUUAAUAUACUGCAGGAGUUUUACAGUUUUAAAAUAAUAUAUAUUAGGACCCCCUUUGAGAGCCCCCGAAAUGGCACAAUGUUGGUUAAUAAAUGCAGCACUGUCUGUCUAUUUACGAGAACUCCGAGGCUCUCCUCCUUCCCAUAUGCCAAACCAUGUAUAUACGAUGUGCAUCAGAAGUAUUUAUGAAAUUCAUAAAGAAAAUGGAAAUAAUAAAGUGAAAGGGGAAGAAAGUUUAAUAAGUAAAUUACUAUGCAACAGUUUCCAAAGAAGUUGACACAAGCUCCAGGAAUUUGCCAGCAGCAUCAACAUAAAACAGUAAGAAGUCCAAAGGAUAAGGACAUAAGCUAGCAGGUAGCUUAUACCAAUUUCUCUAGGGCAAUCAUAUGGCCUAUUCUCUAAAACAGCACAUUUCUUUGUACUUUGUACUUAAGAAGUACGGUACACCCUUUUCUCCACUUGACUGAAGCUUACAUCUUCCUAUGCAGCCCAAUCUACAAGUUCCAAACAAGCACAAAUGCCUCUCCAGUAAUUAAACUCCUGGAUGCAUAAACAAACUCUGAUGAGCACUAAAUUAUUAAUAAUUGAUAAUAUAGACCUACUUUACUUGCUUCAUCAGCUGUGACAGACAACCGCUUCACCCGGAACAAAUAUCACUUGUAUUUACAUGUACAAUGACCCUAGUCACAACAGGUAUCGUCUUCCUAAUACACUAUCUUAUAAAAGAAAUAUUCCAUCAGAUUCUACCUAAACUUAGCUGCGAGCUGUCCUAUCUGGCAAGUGUUUAGUAAUCCAAUCAAUUCCAAGAUUUUUAAGAACAGUAGUUGAUUAAGAUUUUUCAUAAACAGUAACAAUAACUAAAACAAAACAAAACAAAGGAUAAAAUUUAUAGCUGGGAAGAUAAAAAUCACAACUGUUUUGAAAAAACAGAUAUAUUGCCUCCUUUAAGGAAAAAGAGAGGAAUCUAAUUAAUAAAAUCAUGUCCCUGUUCUUAGUGUCUUGGCCUGUAGUAAAUUACUAUGAGGCAAGGAAAUCGGUCUCCUAUUUUCAGUAAGUAGGGACAUAAGGAAUUUUUAAAAAGGGACAUGAAAGCUGACUAAGCAAAGAGGGGGGUGUCUGUUUGUGCUUACAAAUUAUGUUAAUAGAGAUGUAAGGAUAUUAAAAAACACAAUUUUUUAAAAAGACUACUUUAAAUUAGUUUAUUAGUAUGUUAGCAGGAAUACUCUAAAAGCUCAGACAUCUUAAAAUAUCAUGGAAAACGCUAAAUAUGAAAGUCUCUUUGACACUAAAUUUAAGCCUAAUAAAAAUAGCACUUCCAAUUGAUACAUGCUAUCAGUUUGCUUAUUACAGUAUGCCCAAGAUUUUACAACAUUUUUAACUAGUUUAUAUUUAUACUUCUAUGCAAUAUAGUAACUCAUGAAAUCUGAAUAGUUUAUUCUAAAACAGAGAAUAUUUACAAAUUCUGGGUUGUAUACAUUCCUGCUAUUCCAUUCAGUCAACAGACUUCUGCUUGCACAACAGAACUUCGCCCUCCUCUCCCCUGCAACCCCCACACAUUAAAAAAUCUGCUCCAGAGGAUCCCCCAACCCUCUGGAGCAGAUUUAGGGGAGUACAAGGAGAGAGGGGAGGGAGGAAGGACUCCUACUGCAUAAGCUGUGCAAUGGACACAAUCCCAGAAGAACUAGUUUACCUACUGCUAUUCAGGGUGGCGCUGUGGGUUAAACCACAGAGCCUAGGACUUGCCAAUCAGAAGGUCAGCGGUUCGAAUCCCAGCAACGGGGUGAGCGCCCGUUGCUGAGUCCCUGCUCCUGCCAACCUAGCAAUUCAAAAGCACAAAGUGCAAGUAGAUAAAUAGGUACCGCUCCGGCAGGAAGGUAAACAGUGUUUCCGUGUGCUGCUCUGGUUUGCCAGAAGCAGCUUAGUCAUGCUGGCCACAUGACCCGGAACCUGUACGCUGGCUCCCUCGGCCAAUAAAGCGAGAUGAGCGCCGCAACCCCAGAGUCGCCCGCGACUGGACCUAAUGGUCAGGGGUCCCUUUACCUUUACCUAUUCUACCUAAUAAAUGUUGCCCUUUGGCAUAUCAGAUACUUCUGAUAUAUAUAUUUUGUCUCUCUCUCUGCACUAUUAUUGUCUUUACUGAUGUUUUCAUACCAAGAAGUAACAUAGCACUAGCAGUUAAGCCCCAGAAGUUUAGGUGAGGGGAUUUAUUGAUUAUAGGAUUAAAGCCUCAAGUUUCAAAGAGAGAAAAACUAUCAACAAAAGUUCUUUUUCUUAACACGACUAUUAUGUUGCUUCUUUUUCUCAAUAGGACUAUUAUGUUGCUUCUUUUAA